AUGAGCCAUCCGACCAACGAUCUUCCCUCCGCCGACCUCAAGCCCCGCCCCCGGACUCGACGACCCUUCGAACUCGGCUCAGCUCCGAACUCAGCUCCGCCAACACCACCUUCAGAAGCUCAGAAUUUCACAAACGGCUUAAGCUUAGAUACAAGCGGUGCUUCAAAGAUGAGCAGCGACGUGAAUGGCAGUGCGACACCUUCGAGAAACAGAAGUUUCCUCAACUUGACGGGCUCAACACUUCUUGGGAUCUACCAGCCGGCAGGAUUAGACACAGAUACCGCGAAUCCUACACCGUGGGGCACAGGCGCGCAGACACCAGCUGCGGAUAGCAGGAAUGGAAGCUUCGACUUUACGAGGGCGACCUUGCCUGAUACAGCGUUUCAGAAGGGUGCAGAUGGAAAGAUACGGCGAAAGAGUACAGUGCCACAACAACGGUUUCAGGCGCGAAGGAAAGGAUUCAAGGGUUAUGUGCUGCCUAUGAUCGGAAGAGGGGUGGCAUUGUUCGGCGUUGGAAUGUUGUACGGGCUGUCGAUCAGCCAUUUGCAUGAUCAGCAGAAGAUCGCGCCAGUGACUGUAAAUCUUGAUCGGUCAAGAUGGAGCUAUCUGGCUACAUGGGGCUUCAUUGGUGUUCUUCUGGGUGAAGCGUUGCCUUGGGCGGAUGCAUUAUGGGCGGAUGAAGACGAGGAUUCUGUGGACGAUGCGGACACUCAGCGCACGCAGAAGAAUGCUCGAACAAUGGACGCCUGGAUGGACGUGGUACGCUCAAUCGGAGCAUUUGUCGGCAUUGCCUUUGCAAUUCGAAAACUGCCAUGGCAAUCAACGUUGCAGCUUUCGUUGACCCUAGCGCUCGCCAACCCUGCGGUGUGGUAUCUGAUCGACCGAUCUCCACCAGGCUUCAUCAUGUCGACGAUUGUCGCGCUGGGUGGCACAGCAGUAUUGCUAGGCAUCAAUCCAACAUUGGUACAUUCGCCAUCGCCGUCGCAGGCUCUGAACGGCGGUGUCGGGAGUCGUGGAGGCCUGAAUGAUACUUUUGGUGCGUUGAAGAGCGAGGAGUUGGUGCUUGGGAUUUUCAGCCACGAGUCGGUCGGCGUCGCGACUUGGAUCGCAAGUGUGCUCUUCGUAAGCUCGGUCUGCUUUGGCAAUAUUGGAAGGCAAUUGGCGCCGCAGAGAGUCUAA